GAGGCGGGGUGGGGCGCGGUUAAAAGAAGCUGCAGGUGGGAACCAGGGCUCCACCCGCACAGUCCCCGAUUCCGUUCCCGCUGGGAACUGUGGGCGCCCGAUCCGAUCUGCGCGCUGGGCUGGAUCUGUGGGCACCGCUGCAAGCCGGGAGCCGGAUCCCACCGAGCAGGUGGCAUUCCUACUGCCAUCCAUAAACAGAGCAGCCUUGUAGUGCCACCAUCACUGCCCUGCUGACCUCCAGAGGAGCUGGAGCAAGAACUAGAAGUCCUUGCGGAGGGAUUGCACCUUGGCUCCUGAGCUGGACACACACGGCGUCCUUGGGAACAAGACUCAGGAAUAGACCUGCGCCAUGGAUUGGGGUGCCCUGCACACGGUCAUCGGUGGAGUGAACAAGCACUCCACCAGCAUAGGGAAGGUGUGGAUCACGGUCAUCUUCAUUUUCCGCGUCAUGAUACUUGUGGUGGCUGCCCAGGAAGUGUGGGGUGAUGAGCAGGAGGACUUCGUGUGCAACACUCUGCAGCCAGGGUGCAAGAAUGUCUGCUAUGACCACUUCUUCCCGGUGUCCCACAUCCGGCUCUGGGCUCUGCAGCUGAUCUUCGUGUCUACCCCAGCGCUGCUGGUGGCCAUGCAUGUGGCCUAUUACAGACACGAAACCGCCCGGAAGUUCAAACGUGGAGAGAAGAGGAAUGAGUUUAAAGAUCUGGAGGACAUCAAACGGCAGAAGGUGCGCAUCGAGGGCUCGCUCUGGUGGACAUACACCAGCAGCAUCUUCUUCCGCAUCAUCUUCGAAGCCGCCUUCAUGUAUGUGUUCUACUUCCUCUACAACGGCUACCACCUGCCCUGGGUACUGAAAUGUGGCAUUCAGCCCUGCCCCAAUCUUGUGGACUGCUUCAUUUCGAGACCAACCGAGAAAACGGUGUUUACUGUUUUUAUGAUUUCCGCAUCUGUGAUUUGCAUGCUGCUCAAUGUGGCCGAGUUGUGCUACCUGCUGCUCAAGCUGUGUUUCAGGAGAUCCAAGAGAAUGCAGGCGCAGAGAAACCAUCCCAACCACGCCCUGAAAGAGAGCAAGCAGAAUGAAAUAAAUGAGCUCAUCUCAGACAGUGGUCAAAACGCAAUCACAAGUUUCCCGAGUUAAGCAUUUCAAGGCAGUGUAGGUGAGCCCUGACAGAACAUGUGCCCUCUCUGUAGAAAACAGCAAUCUGACCACUCCCUCUAGGGCGAGAGUUUGUCUAUAAAGACUCAUAGCACAUAGAUUCUUGAGUUCAAUUUUUGUAGAACACCUGAACUAUUCCCACACCACCUAAGUCAAAAUUGUGGUCCGUCUCUGAAAACAUAAACCCUGGUGACAAAUGAACCCUGAAGUCACCUUGACAAGUCCUCUGCGGACAUCUGGCUUAGUGGCUAUUUCCUGAGAAUUUAUAUAACUUGUCAUAAAGAAUGAUUUAUCUAGAAAUUAAUAGUUUUGUCAGUAAGAUAUUUUUAUAGGGUUGAAUAUUUUAGUUCUGACCUUGAACUUAUAUAAAGUAUUUUUUUAUGACUGGCCUUCCUUACUUGGAAAAAAAUACACAAAGUUAGCUUUACAAAUGCACCCCAAGUCUGAAGUUUGAACUUGUAAAGGGUCUAGCAUGUUAUAUAUACUGUUUCACACUGUCUGGGGACAAUUUUAUGAACUAGUAUGUCCUCUUAUGGUGGGGUGGGUUCCUUGGACAAUAUGUGAUGUGCUGCUUGACAAGUACAGAUGGAAUUGAAGGAAACGGGACAGUUUUCUAACUGGCUUUCUCCACCUAUGGUGAACAGUGUAAACAUGAAUGUGAUCACCCCCAAUAAAGCUUGACCUUGUCGCUUAA